AUGACAUACCGACGACUGCUCACAUCCCUGGCUUCCCAUCCUCCUUCCUCAACAUCCCGACUAAUCCCACCCUACGCUCAACACCUACCCUCACUCUCAGAAACACCCUCCUCGUCGUUGAGACCACCAUAUACACACCAGGUCCCAGCAGAUGUAAAAGUGAUCAAUAGAUCACUCAAGUCACCAAAGAAAUUCGAGUUGUUACUCUCAAACGAUAAGAACAGUACGACCGAGUUGGAUCAAUGGAGGAAUAUGAUACUCUCGAAUGAUCAAAGUAGAUCCGACGUACUGAGCAGAUGGAGGGAGGUAGUAGCUGGCUUACAGAGGUUGAAGGAUGGUCAUAACGAGGUUCCUCAGAUAGCAUUUCAGCAACUCACCUCCGAGCUAUCUUCGGCAUCUACGACGGACAAAAUCAAGGACACCGGUCUAGUGGUGAUCAGAGAUGUGGUGAGGGAUUCGGAGGCUACCGAAUGGGCCAGAGAAAUACUGUUGAGUGUCGGCGAAAGAGGUGGUAGAGCUGUAUACUGGCACCCCUCCCUCUUAUCCGCCCGAGCUAACCCAUCCAUUCUCUCUGCCAACUCGCAAAUCUCAUCUGUUCUCCUCUCAUCCCCUGAAGUAUACGUAACGGCCUCAACAAUAAUCGAGGGUCUACAUCCCUCACCCAACGUCCCCUCAUCGACUCCCACAGAUCUAUGGUCAACUCCUAAAUCACUUCUAUCCCAUCUGACUCUGACUCCCAGUAUUCCAACAUCGUCGACUAUCGUCUCGCCAACAAUUCUAGCAGCAGAAUAUGCAGCACUGCGACCAUUCUUCCGAUCGGUCAAAUCUAAAAUAUCAUUCUAUUCCGAUUCAUCUUCUGAGUAUCUCAACCUUGACAAUUGGGAAUUACUCGAUCCUUCUUCUUCAGCAUUGACAUCAGGACCCGAGCUGGAUCUACCCCAUUUGGAAUCUGUCCAAAUCAUUCAUCCCGAACUGAGACCAGGAGAUAUGGUAUUCCACCAUUCAUCUUUACCUAUCACCACUUCCCCUAACAGCGGUCAGGUAUUCUUACCUCUUCAUCCUGUUCUGAAGAGUUCAGCUGGAUCUGCCGAAUGGAUAGAAGAGCAGAAGGAGGCUUUUGAAAAAGGCGUACCUCCCCCCGGGGCUAUGGUGGAUGAUAAAGAGGGAUUAUGGCUUUUGGAGGAGAAAGGUGAUAGGAGGUUGAUAGAAAGUAGAGCAGGAAGGGAUGCUAUGGGUUAUUAG